AUGUCAGUGAAUAACGGAAUUCCUAACAGUAGUUUAAAAUAUUUACAUUUAGUCAAGCCCAUAGUACUGGACAUAAGAACAGAAACUUCAACAGACGAGUUUAAAUAUACUGAAGACCAGGAAAAGAGGAAAUACACAUGUUACAAAGGUUACGCAGUUAGAAGACUCAUAGACUCAACCGGGGAAAAGGAUGGUCCAGUAUUGAUGUGGGAGGCCGGUAACUCAAGCCAUUAUGCAUUUGAAAUUUUAAAGUUUGGCAACUCUCUAAAGACGAGAGAAGUGUGUCUAUGCCUAGUUAAUGGCGAUUAUAGAAUUUUCGCCAAGAGAAAUGGCGUCUGGACGAGGAAUGAUAAGAUCACACUAGACAUUGGGAAAAGUUAUAGUACAAAUGAAUAUGAGUAUGAGGUUUUGGGUUCUGAGACUUCAAAGACGAAUUACACAGCACUUGAAUUUGAAGCUAUUUUAAACGCUAGCUAUUACACAAACUAUGUCGCCACUUUUAAUCACCUGUUUAAUAAAAUUGUGGACUCUGUUGAUAAUGAUGGAUUAGGAACUGUGAUUUGGGAAGCUAACAACCCAUUUGAAUGUGCCAAAGAUGUGUCAUUAUAUAGUAAAAGUGACAAAAAAUACCUUGGAAUAUUGCUGGUAAAUUACAAUUACAUACUAUUAAAAUGGUCUCCCAAGUGCAAGAAUUGGGUAGAUAUAACUGACAGCAGAGUCAACUUGAGUAAUUUCAAGUACAGAACUGAAGUUGAAAGUGCAUACAAUUACAUUCAGGACAUUUCAUUUGAUUAUAAAGUUUCAUUAUAUUACAUGAGGUAUUGCAUUAGUUUUGUUGAUCCGAACCCCGAAAAUUCAGAAAAGGUCAUCACAAAAUGUCUAAUUUAUGACUUAAUAAAGAAUAUUAUUAAGGUUAGAUAUACUAAUGGGAAGUCAGUCUCUGUUGACUUGGACGACACUGAGAUUAAACUUUACCAUGAUAAUAAUUCUCAAAAGUUCAAAAAACCUAAAUACAUGUCAACUUCUUCAGACUUUUAUCCUAACGAUAAUUAUUAUAGGAUUUUACAGGAUAAAACUGGUAAACCCAUAACUCUUGACAUUAGUAACACCAAUGACAAGAAUAGGAACUAUUACAAAUUUGGUGAAAUUAGUAAAUUUGAAUGCAAAAAGGGGUUCAAGUUUACUAAAAUUGUUGAUUCAAAUUUUGAAAAUAGUUUGAUUUGGAGUUCUGAGAACAAUGAAUAUUCUAAGGAAGUAAUACUCAUAAAUGACAUUAAAACAUAUCUUUUAACUUUAACUUCCAGUUACAAAUGUCUAAUUUUUACUUGUGAUGAUCAGAAUUGGGAAAACAUAUCUCACUUGGGAAUUGACUUGACAAAGUUUAAGUUCUAUGAUAAUAAUUAUAAUCUUAUUAGCACUUGUGAUUUUGACGCUUGUAUUAAAAACUGUGAUUGCAUUAUUACUUUUAAUGUGGAUUGUCAUAUGGUUGAGUAUGAGAAUAUUAAACUUUGGAGUGUUUCUGAGAAUUCAGACUAUGUGAAAUUAAGUUUAAUUUGCAUUAAUAUACUUAUUAACCGGUUAAAUAUCUUCUUUUUAAAUCAUACUGUCCGACGAUUCAUUAUUAACAAUUCCAAUGUCAAUUUCAUUUCCGAAGAUAUUUCCACUUAUUGUUCUUAA